CGUCCUCGGCCGCAUUAAAGCUGGAGCUGCCGCAGCUGCACACACAUCAGAGGCUCUUCUCCUCCUCUUCGUCACUGCAGCUCUCACGGACGACAGGUCUGCUGGAUGGUGGAGCUUUUUCUUCUUUUUAUUUUUGGUUUUACGCACAGCGGGAUCGGUGUUCGGUGCUGGACACUAAACGGGACAUACUCUGAAUUUCACCAGUCCACGUCGAGCCGUGUCGACAUGAUGCACUGAGGAGCGAACAGCUCAGGCUCCCCCGGUUGUGUUCAUCCUGAGGCUGCAGUGAACGGAGGGGGGAUUGCGGUAUAACAAGGUUAAUAAUCAGCAUCAAUAAAGGUCGUCUGUGUGAGCGGGAACCGACUUGAAAAGGGUGAAUCUCGCCCCUGUGCGGGGGGAUCGGCGGAGAAAUAUAAUACUAUACAAAAUUAUGGCCACCCUACUGCGGAAGAUCGGUCUGAUCCGUCUGCACGACCGAGACACUGAGGACCCAAAGCACCACCAAGGCUCGUUAAAGGGGAGCAAAGGGAACCAGAAGAACAACGCCAACAAACACUGUCAGACCGCCAACGAAACCAACAUCCUGAGCACCCCGGAGAUUAAGGCGAGGAAGCUGGACCAGCACGGCAAGGACAAGCCGUCCGGCAAGGAUAAGCAGGCAAAGGAUGCAAAGGAGAAGCAGCAGACGGGAGGAGGCGGGAGUAAAGCGACCAGUGCCUCCUCAAUACCACCGCUGGCGCCUCACCGGCAACACUGCACCCAGGUCCGGACGCGAAGGUUGAUGAAGGAGCUACAGGAGAUCAGGAGGUUAGGGGACAACUUCAUCACGGUGGAGCUGGUGGAGGACAACCUGUAUGACUGGAACGUCAAGCUGCACCAGGUAGACAAGGACUCGGCGCUGUGGCAGGACAUGAAGGAGACCAGCACCGAGUUCAUACUGCUCAACGUCACCUUUCCCGACAAUUUCCCCUUCUCGCCGCCGUUCAUGCGGGUCCUGACGCCCCGGUUGGAGAACGGCUACGUGCUGGACGGCGGGGCCAUAUGCAUGGAGCUGUUGACCCCGCGCGGAUGGUCCAGCGCCUACACGGUGGAGGCGGUCAUGAGGCAGUUCGCUGCCAGCCUCGUAAAAGGACAGGGCCGUAUAUGUAGGAAAGCAGGGAAGUCCAAGAAAGCUUUCAGUCGUAAGGAAGCCGAGGCCACUUUCAAGUCCCUUGUGAAGACCCACGAGAAGUACGGCUGGGUGUCCCCGCCCGUGUCCGACGGCUGAACGCUCGGCCGCCGAGCCUCCGAUCCCCGCGCUAGCCGGACCAACCCAGCUAGCCCCGACACGCAAAACGACACACCACGCAAACUCAACAAUCUCUCAUCUUCACCUUGUCUUGUUUCACUCAAGAUUCUUCUUCUUUUUUUUUUUGGUUUUGUGUGUCUCUGUUAUUUAGUUUUUCGUCAUCAUCUCCACUGAAACUGUUGGAGAGCUGACAUGCAGUCAUCAUCAUCACCCCUCCGCCAAGAAGCGACUUUUUGGUUCACCUCCCUCUGGCCUGGGGAUUCAUUCCUCCGUUUCAGAAAGGCCUGAGAGGGAGGUGCGUGUGUGUGUGUGUGUGUGUGUGUGUGUGCGUGUGUGCGUGCGUGUGUGUGUGUGUAUGUGUAUGUGUGUGUCACUCCAUCGGACAUCAGCUGGGAGUGUGUGCACGUGCAUCGGAGUGUCCGUUACUGUAGGUGGAUUUCUUUAUUGUUCUUUUUUUCCCUCCCAACGCACACCCAUGCACGUGCAGUCGGACAAAUCGGACAGUGUGGACUUUUCCACCCAUGUGAAAGACUACUGAAUGGAGGAGACUCGUCUCCCUCUCCUGUCCUUGCCAUCCCAUCACCUCCUCCCCUGUCCCCAUCCCUCGUUCCUUUCCUCUCUUUAGCACUGAACUCACAUUACAUCCAACCAUCUCUCUCUGUAGCUGUCGGGUCAUUUACAUAUAAAUGAAGCUGUUAAUGUUUAAUAGACAGGCAGCGCACUGGCGUUUAUACUCACUCAUUCACUCCUUCAUUUCCCCUUUCUUUCGACUGUGCUGUUGCUCACAGUUCAAUGCAACAUGAAGAUUGUAAUUUACAUGGAGCUGUGCUCUUUUUCUCUCUAUCUGUUUCUUUCUUUAGCUCGCUCGUUCACUUUGAUUCUCUUUCUUUCUCUCCGUCUCUUGUGGCUAAAUUUAGAGCUCACUGUUGCGUAGAUGGAUAUUGAUUUCUAAUGGAGGAAAAAAAAGUCACAUGUUGCUUUAUGCAGAGACUAUGUAUGAUAAAUAGAAUGACAGUCAAUCACCUCUCUUUCUUUCUCUCUCUACUCUCAUGUUACUGUGUGUGCGUGUGCGUGUGCGUGUGCGUGUGCGUGUGCGUGUGCGUGUGUGUGUGUGUAGGAGAGGAAGAAGACUGUAAUUCACAUGAUUUAGAUACCAGAUGGUACAGCUGAAGGCCAGGCCUCAGUUAGUGUGUGUGUGUGUAAGCAAGGGAGACAACCCUUUAAACAGAGAAAAAUAUGAUUUACUGUGAAUGACACUAAGGCCUAAAGGGAGUGCUGUUUUUUGAGUUUUUUUUUUUUUUGCUAUCUUACCCUCCGUCUUGUUCCACUGUCUAUGUCAGCUCCUGAUUAUUAUUACUGUAAACACGUGUGCAGUUGUGACCGAAUAUCUAUGUGCACAUAGCCUCGUCUGUCUUCUCCAAUCCACGUAAAGAACUAAAGGUCAGUAGAAAAUAUGCUUUAGCUGUGCUUGGGACGGCCACACACACACACUUAGCCUCACUCACACAGUCACACAACACACACACACACACACACACACACACACACACACACUCCUUCAUUCAUACACCUGCGGUCUUGACGGCAGCCGUAACACCUAGAAAUGAAGACAGACAGGAGCUCAAGCGCCGCCGUGGAUGGAGUGGUGCUUUAAAUGAGUGUACGCUUCAGAGCCCACCUGAUUGAUGUCUGCUGAAAGAGAGGGACUGAAGGCAAUAGGGAGAAGAGGAGGAGAAGAUGAAGAACAGAGGGAGAGGAGGGAAUCGUGCGAGCUUUGAUCACUGCCGGCCGCUUCUCGGAAAUGUCAGGUGGCUCGCAAAAUGGCCGAAGACAGAUAUUAUUUGCUCUACCUGCUUUGAUUACUUGAGAGACACAGAGUUCCUGAGUUCCAACCUUUAGGAGGACUUUAUAAAUAUCUAAUAUUAACUGUACGGCAGCGGUAGCAGCAGCAGUCUUAAUCAAUCAAGAGCCCAGUAGUCGCAGACUAUCUGUCCGUCCAGUCCAGUGGGCUCCUCGUGUGUUUGUUUUGCUAUCUGCCAGUUAAAUGUCAGACGGAAAGCUGCUAAUUGGUCUGACAUUUCAGCGGAGCGUCAUUAGAGAAGCGCAGCAAGAGCUGAAGGAUGGAGGAUGUCAAACCUCCCGCUCGGCAAUGACAUUUUGUCACUUUCCUACCCUGUUUUUGGAGGAAGGGGGUUCGGUGAGAGGAGGCUGUAGUAUAGGAGCAGAUCGAUGCCAGUCAGCGGGCGCAACCAGAGGGAUGUUCAGAACACUAAAGGUGGAUUAAUGGUUCCACUUUGGUGUCCGUUUGUGUAGCUACGGUUUGCAUGUGGUGCUCCAACAAGCCAACACCGCUUGGCGAUAACACUAUGCGUAGGUCGAAUGCUGAUUGGUCGAAAGGUUGGCUUAAACCGGUAAGGGUGAAGGGUCCUUCUUGGAUGACGAUCGACGCAUGCGUUUGCAAGUGCCGAUGCAACAGGCUUUGGUUUUGCUGCACUCCACUCCACUCGGAUUGUCAUUUUCGUGGCAGGCGCAAAAGAAAAAGGACCAACAACAGCACAAACACCAACAAGUGCGGACUACGUUUCCAGUUGUUCGACAUUUUCCUAACACUACGUAAACGCAUGUCAACGUCGCACCAACACAGCAGUAUUCUUUGGCCUUGAGCCCAAUCCGAGCCGUGCUGCCAGCAUGCCACGUUUGGAUCGGGUCUCGCCGUGUCUCAAAGCUCCCCUCGUGUUGCGUUUGUGGUCGAUAACAAAUGCCCGUCUGUGUUUGAGUGCAGGUGUGAGCAAAUAUGUGUGCUACACUCCCAUCAUGAAAAAAGAGACAAAACACCAUCUGGUAUGUGAUCAUGUACGAAAGCGUGUUAGUCCUCUUUGAAUUUGGCUAGUCAUUUCAGGGUCGAUCGUAUAGUGAUCUCUUGGCUUGUCAGCGGAGAAAACUGUAAACUGAAUUAUUAUUAAGACAAAAUAUCUCAAACGCUGAGUGUUUGCUGGUUUCAAGAGAAUAAUUUUGUGAUAUAGUUUAGAUUGGUAGUUUGCAGACACUAACUGGGUGAACUGAUUAUGUUGUAUUAUAUCUGCAUGUGAUAUGUGAUUGGUAGCUAGCUACUGUAUAUCUUUUUUCAAGAAAAGCAAGAAAAAAUAUGGGUAAAAAACUAAAAUGCAAAUGCUUCUCUUUUCUUGGUAUUUUUUUUCUUUUUGGGGGUUUCUGUACUGUAUGUAUUUUUCUUUUCUUUCAAAGCGUCCUAAAAAUGUCACAUUGUGUUAUAUGAAUGUUUGUGUUUUAAUUUAUUUGUGGUUUGCCAAAAUGAAGAUUUGAAGCAUGUUGCAGGUACUGUCACAAGAAAACGAGAAGAAAAAAAAAUACUAAGAAUGAUAGCCUAUGUAUUUGUGUGAUCGGGGAAGGUGUGUUUAUUUGGGGGGAUUUCAGGGAGCGAAGAAGGACAGAAGGUUGCAAAACCUCAAGAUAAUAAUGGAAGUAUUUUGGGAGCACAUCACAGUGGAAUCAAGAAAAUUCCCUCGCUCCCUUGAAUACUUCCUAGUCCCCUCCAUGAUGUCACUACUGUCCCUUCCCCAUUGGUCCUGCUCUAUACAGUGAUUUGGCUUGUGGGUAAUGCAGUCAACACAAAGAUCUGGUCUGAAGUUCCCCUCAGUCACAGAUCUAGGAUCAGUAUGACCUCCCUAUGCUUCAAAUCUACCUGGGAAUCUGACCAGUGAUCAGUCACUGUGGGCAACUUGGUCCCACUCCUGACUUAAGUGUUUGGUAGAGACCGAGGUCUUAAAGUUCAAAAGGUGAAAGGUCGAUGCAAGACCAAACAGGAAUGUGCAAUAAAAGUUACAGCUUAUUCAAA